UGGAAGAAGCCAGCUGCAGCAGGAGAACAAUGUUUGGGCUGUAGAUAUUGAAGCGGAGCGGCUCAGGGUGAACUAAGCGGACCACAGCAGCGGGUCAUGGUCCUGCACCGGAUGAAUUUCUGUCCUGUAGUCUUCCUGCCCACCAGCCUUCAGCAUGAACAUCAUUCAAGAUAAACUAGGGAAUGAAUUCCUGCGCUCCAACAGCAGCAUGGACUCCAACUUUGGAGCCGGUAUGAUAAUGUUCAGCCACCUUCCUCCGGUGGCCAGCUUCACCCGGCUGUCGGCGCACUCCGUCAUGCAGGAACUUCCGCCGCAAGACCUGAUCCUGAAGAAAGAGCGGGACUCUCCUGACUGCAGCGUGGGCGCUGCUGCGGUUGAAGACUAUGUUCACACCAUGGGCAUCAAGCAGGAGAAGCAGUCAGAGCAUGAUUACCGCCUGCCGCUCUACCCUGGAGGUCUGGGGCGGAGCGGCGAGGUGCUGGAGGUGACCGUCGGUAACCACCAGAAGCUGCUGGUGUGCGACCUCAACAUUGGCAACCUGUCAAAUCAGUUGGAAAAAGAGGCCACCGGGAGGAAAGGUCGGAGGUCAAACAUUGAUGGACAUGAGGGUAAACCUAGAAAGAAGAGAAGUGAAGCAAAGCAUUCAGUAAUGGAUGCAGACGGUGGCGGUCUGUCUCCAGGAACAAAACCUCACAUCUGUGAACACUGCAGUGCAUCCUUCAGGAGCUCCUAUCAUCUGCGCAGGCAUGUCCUCAUCCAUACAGGUGAAAGACCCUUCAGGUGCAGUCAAUGCAACAUGAGUUUCAUCCAGAAGUAUCUUCUCCAGCGGCACGAGAAAAUACACAGUGGAGAGAAGCCAUUUGGCUGUGACCAGUGCAACAUGCGGUUCAUUCAGAAAUACCACAUGGAGAGACACAAGAGAACCCACAGCGGAGAAAAGCCAUACAGAUGUGAGACCUGCCAGCAGUAUUUUUCUAGAACAGAUCGACUUCUUAAGCACAAGAGAACCUGUGGAGAAGCCAUUAAAAAGGGAUUGGAUCCUGGGAUGAUGGAUCUGGGUUUUGUGGAUAUGGGACAAGGCAGCUAUGGAAUCACUCAGGGAAAUGUUGGGAGCACUGGGAGGAAGAAGGGAAAGUCGAAAAGUUCCACAGUAGCAGGCGAGCGUAAGAAGAAGAAAGGAGACCCGAAGGAAUCGCACGUUCACGGAGUUGUAUCUGGAGGUUACAGCAUCUAUGAAUACUCUGUGGAGAGUCCCACUGUGUCUUCUUCUACUGAGCCAGGACCCAGCAUGCAACAGGGUCACCAGGAUCAAGGUCCCAAGAUGGCCUUCAAGAAAGCUAACCGGAAGAGCCUGAUGAAGGCAGGUCUGGGUCAAGUUAAAGCUGAAAUGUUGGAGCAGGGUGACCUUGGCUUGAUGCAGAGCAACGAGGCUAAGGUAGAAUCCACCAGCAGCAAUUACGACGACGCCAUGCAGUUUGUGAAGAAGCGGCGCUAUCUUCAAGCGACAAACAAUGCAACACCCUCCGGCGCCGCAGUGGCAGGCGGAGGUGGGAGCGACUACGACGUCAGCGUUCAUUUGUCCUCACAGCCGUCCUCUCUUCAGGGCGGGAUUCCAGGAGUAAUGGACAGCGACGGUCCUCUGAAUCUGGAGAAGUCGGGGAUCACCGAUGAGAUGCUGCAUAGCCUUCUGGACCUCUACACCCAGAAACCCGACAUUCAUUUUGACAUCGGUGACCAACACGUGCAGCUCAGCCCCGCCUCAGCAGACGGAUCCGAUGCCAAUGCCCCCAGCCCGUCAGGAGACAAAAGCUCAAUGAUGCAUGAAUACUCCCGCUUCUUGCUGCAGGCUUUGGAGCGCACCAGCCACAGUGCCGGUUUCCCACUGGGCCCCGGACCUCUUCCUUCCUCAGGACCCUUCACCACUUCCCACGCAGGAAAUCCCCUAUAUGCCGACAAGAACAUCUACAGCACGUCCCAUCUGGAGUGCGGCUUCGUCCAGCCGGUGGCUUUGCCUUCGCUGCCCUCCUCAGUGCCAAAGUCUCACUUUGCGAUGCUGAGCUGCUCGUCCCCGCAGCACAGCUUCAACCUGAGCAGUCUGGAGGCCCCCUCACACCAGCAGCUCACCCCUUCUCAGGAGCUCACCGAACAGAUGGAGAAACAGCACUCCACCACCCCUCCCUCAACCUACCAGAUCAGCUCAUCCGACCUGAGUAACCAGAAGGAGCAUCCGGCGGUCAAGAGCGACUCGGCGGCCGUUUACCCUCUGGUUCCCUCGCAGGAUCUGGCCUCUCUGGACUCCUCGAAGCCUUCCUACCAGAUAGAAAACUUCGCCCAGGCCUUCGGCUCCCAGUUUAAAUCUGAAGUUCAUGGUUUGUCUUACAGCACUGACUCUGGUGGGGAGGUGGAUCACAGGAUACGGACGCCUGUGUCGGAUUUCUCAGGGUAUAGUUUGUUAUCUGAUGUCAAUGAGCCAGUAAGUACAGGUUCCAAAACACCAACAAGCCAAAGCUACAGAUGAAACCUGGGAGGAUAUUCUUCAAUGGUUGUUCUUAUUUUAAUCUUUUCUGCUCCUAUUUUAUUAAUCUUAUUUUUGUGACAUGUAUAUUUUAUUUACACUGAUGCUCUGUCUUUAUGCCUACUCCUCUUCAUGCAAUAAGCCUGCAAGGUAUCCUGCAAAUGCAAUUUGUUUGAAAGAAUCUGAUAUGUCGAGUUUGCGAUAUACCUGUCGAUUGGUGUCAUAGCGGUGCCGGUAGGUUGGGUCUUUAUUUAUAAAAUUCACAGAACCUUUCAAGCAUUUUAUUUUUAGCAGAAGCAGUGGAUAUCACAUCCAAUGAGGUGAUUCAACUUUAAAAUAAGAAAUGAUGGCAGGGAAAUGCCCAGAACUGAAGCGGCAAAAAAGGAAAUAAUAAUAAUAAAUCAAGUUGUCAAAGGUGUUACUCAGGAAAACGUGGGAAACUAGAAGCUCACGGAGGACAGGGAGCUCACUUUUCAGAAGUGCAUGUUUGUGAUUUAAAAAAAAAAAAGAAAAAAAGAUGUUUCUUACUUUUUAUUUCUUACAUGUUGAAUGAGUGUGACCUAAAAUGGACUGUUGCCAGCUCACUUGAACACUGAAAACACUUUCUACUUGGCUAUAUAGAGAUUAUGGUACUUUUAUGUCAAUGUGAAGCUAGUGUUUUCUUCAACAAGGGCCACACACAUGAAUAUCUAUAUAUAUUUAUAAGAAUAUAUAUAUAUAUAUAUAAAUAAUAUGUAAAAUAGGUCUUGUAGGGUUCUGCCAUUUGAAGUAGAGGGAAGAAUAAGUGCUGGUUAUUGGGCUAAAUCAGGGGUGGGCACUCCAGGUCCUCGAGGGCCGGUCUCCUGCAACUUUUAGAUGUAUCCCUACUUCAACACACCUGAGUCAAAUAAUGAGGUCAUUAGCAGGACUCUGGAGAACUUGAUUGCAUUUAGGAGGUGAUUCAGCUAUUGGAUUCAGGUGUGUUGGAUCAGGGAGACAACCAAGAGUUGCAGGACACCGGCCCUCGAGGACCAGGAGUGCCCACCCCUGGGCUAAAUAGUCCUUGUUCUAUUUUGGGGGAUGUCUUCUUCAGCCAAUAGAUGUCGCUGUUGGACAGCAGCAGAAUGGCCUUUUUUUUCCCACUUUACUGUUCUUGUCAUCUUCCUCUUAUUUAUCUAAAAGUGUGCGAUCAGCACUUUGAGCUGCUUUCUCACAUUGUUUUAAAGUACCUGAUCGAAUCAAGAGCUAACACAAGGAAUUACCCAAGUCUUUGACAGUUGCUGUUGGGGCGUACGCAUGCAGGGGUUUGGGGGUGAUUGUGGGGUGGGACGGCCUUUCGUUUCCGAUGAAGGAUGUUGAGAGUCGAUGGGUUGGAAAUGUCUUUACUUACUUAUUGUGGGAAGGGGGGGUAGCUUAGGCUUGCGGGUGGGCUUUUUAAAGUAACGUAAUAUUUAAUCGGGAUAAUGUAAACGUAAUUACAACCCCUAGUUUUAGUUGCCUUGAUACCGACCUUAGCGGCUUUCGCAGAUUUUUAUUAACUUUGAGGAUAAACGAUGUUUAUGAUCUAAUGUUUCUGCAGCCAUGUGCUGAAUCUUUUAAUUUAGAUACUUUGUGCAAACAUUAUCAUCCACCAGCUAUUCCCAAAAAGCUGGUGGAAGAAAUAUGUCUAAUAAAUAUAUGUAGUUUCUUGCUGACAUUUUUGAAUUGCCAACCUUUUGGUAAGGACAACAAUAAUUGUGGAAACUUCCCUAUGACUAGCUGACCUUGACUGCUGGAAAUGAUAUCUCUGUGCUGCUCUGAAUGAGUUCUUGAGCCCAUUUGUGCCCCAAUAAUACAGUUCUGGUCAGAAGUUUACAUACACCAUUUUUUUUGGCGGGAUUGUCCUGUCAAUUUUCUCACUGUUCCGAUUUCAAAUCAGAUUUAUGAUAUAAUUUACGGCUUCAUUUCCCAGGGUAAGAUCCAGAGAAGCCAAGAGGUCUUUGAAGUCGUCGACUAGCUUCUGACAUAAUUCUGGAUAUUUGACCAGUAUUCUUAUCAGAAACAGUUUAAUUGGUUAUCAGUCCAUAUUCAUCCAUAAUAUUUUAAGUAGAGUUUAGGUUAGGAGUCAUUCCAGAAGCUUAGUAUCGCUUUGUUUUAUUCUUUUCCAAUCAGUUUUGAUCUGCUUUUAGAAUUAUUGUCCCGUUAUAACAAAUUGUGUCCGAAUUUCAACCAUCUCGCCCAAACUUUCACAUUUUAGAUAAAAAUAUAUUUGUAGAGACUUCUACCAAGUCUUAAGUCUAUAACAAACUGGAAUUACUGUUUAUAGUAAAGUCAGUUUCAAGAAAACAGCACCAGCUUGUCAAGUGAGAGCAAAAUCGAGCUAAAUGACCACAAAUUCAGAAAGUUUGUAUGAAUCCUCCAGACCACUGAGGUCUUCUGGUUCAAGUCUGCUCUGCAGAAUCAAACAUGGAGAUGCUUCGUUAAGUUUUUAUGUUCCUUCAAUCUGGAACAAACUUCCAGAAAACUGCAAAACUGCUGAAACACUGAGUUCCUUUCAAUCAUGGCUGAAAACACAACUGUUCGGAGUUGUCAAUGAUUGAUAAUAACUGGAAAAUAGAUUAAUGUAACUUUUUAUGGCUUCUGCCACUUUAUUUAUUGUUUUGUUUUUAUUAUAUGCUCUCUUCGAAAUGGUUUGAGCUAUACAGAAAAAAUUCGACUUGAAGUCAAGAUUAGACUUGCAAGCACUUUUUUUAGUGUGGUUUGCUGCCAGUCUUACUGGUGAAUUUCACAAAAUGGGUGCGGUAACAAAGAGGGACAAAGCUGAAAUUCUUAAAAUGUAUUUCAAGUCAGUUGGUUGUUUAAUCAAUCGUCCUAAAUGUACAUUAAAACUGGGGUAAAAAUGGAUGAAACAGGCGAACUUUAAACCUUAAGAAAAUGCCCCAACUUCAACCCACACAAAAAUGUUUGGGGUAUGCCUGUUAAAAGUUGGGUUUCUGCCUGCAAAUGGGUAACAAUUUAGUGGUCAAAAGUCCAGCCAGAAUUAUUUCAGAAACAUGUCGAUGGUCACAGUAAAACUCUGUGGUGCACUGUAUCCUUUCUGUUUUCUCAAAGCACUUGGAAAUUCAGAAAUGUGGAAUCAAAUAACUUAAUUCAAUCAAUUUCAGAAAGAAAGCAACAAGAAGAAAACUCUCAAAUUAUGAGCCUGAAAUGUGUGUAGUCAAACUUGUGAACAGAACUGUGUUUUUUUCUAAGCAAUCGUCAAACAUGGCAGUGUCAAAAUGCAAAGCUGUUGUAUCAAAAUAGUGCAACGUCAUGUUGAGGUAGACAACAAUAAUUAGCCUCACAUAUACCUCAUUUCACUGCAAACCAGGGACAAAGAUGUGGAGGUUUGUAUGUAGCAGAAAUGCUGUUUAAAAUGUCACGUUUUUUACGAUUAUAUUUAAGCAAGUGUGUUUGGGGGAAUUUUUUUGUACAUGACUUGUGUGAACCGCCAUUACGUGUAGCUGAUACCAGCCAGUGUUCAAUCCUUUAAGCAUCUCUCAGCUUCAUUUUCCAAUCAGUGUGUCGUUUCUUAUUGUUUACAGACUAUGUACAAAACACUAAACCCAACUUAAUUAUGUCAUUUUUAUUUUACAGUGUUUCAUCCCUACAAAGUCAAAUCUUGUAGCUGGUGUCUACGAAUUUUAUAUUUCACGGUCUGUUUGGUGAACUAAAAUGUGACUGAAUGGGGAUAAAACAAUAAAAACUGCUGUUACCAUGAA